AUGGCGGGCAGACUAGGCUGGUUCCUGAAGGAGGCUUGGGCCAAGGAGCCAGUGCUGACAGUGUCCUUUGCCAUUAGCAUCAUGGCUCUGCUCUUAACUCCCUAUACCAAGUACACAGGCAUGAUCAAUCAAGCUACACCUUACAACUACCCUGUUCCUGUUCAAGAUGAUGGCAACAUGCCUGACAUCCCCAGUCACCCUCAGGAUCCUCAGUGGUUGAAAAAUCUGUGA